UUUGCAUCAAGUGUAGUUAUUAGAAUCAGGAAGUGAAUUUGUGUCGUAUAGGUUUUGCGGGUUCAUUUAUGAAACAUGUAUUUGUAUAUUUCUAUAUUGCAGUACACGUGAAAAAGAACAAAACAGUGCUGCAAGAAUUAAUACGGUACUAUUCCUGCGUGAGAAAUCUGACUGCAUAAUGAACACACUGACAUUUUUUGUGGUUGGACUUUUGGUGCAUUUUGUGUUCUUUCUGUCCAUUUUUGAUAUUUAUUUUACUUCUCCCCUGGUUCAUGGCAUGGCUUCACAGCAUAUAUCUUUACCUCCUCCAGCAAAACGCCUAGUGCUGUUUGUUGCUGAUGGGCUCAGAGCAGAUACAUUUUUUGAACUGGAUGAGAAUGGAACAACAAGAGCUCCUUUUCUCAGGGAUAUUAUACAGACAAAAGGCAGCUGGGGUGUAUCUCAUACUCGUGUUCCAACAGAAUCAAGGCCUGGUCAUGUGGCCCUGAUAGCAGGAUUUUAUGAAGAUGUCAGUGCUGUUGCUAGAGGUUGGAAGGAGAAUCCAGUUCAGUUUGAUUCUGUGUUCAAUGAAAGUAGGUACACCUGGAGCUGGGGAAGUCCAGACAUUUUGCCUAUGUUUGCAAAAGGUGCUACUGGUGAUCAUGUUUAUACCUACUGCUACCCGGCAGAAACUGAAGAUUUUGCAGCCAAAGAUGCUUCCAAGUUGGAUACAUGGGUUUUUGACAAAGUGAAGGAAUUCUUUUUGACUGCAAAGAAUAAUGCUACACUAUUGUCAAAGAUAAAACAAGAUCGUGUUGUCUUCUUCCUUCAUUUGCUUGGUUUGGACACAAAUGGACAUGCUCACCGCCCCAUGUCAAGGGAAUACAAAGAGAAUGUCCACAUAGUAGAUACUGGUGUUAAAGAAAUUGUUUCCAUUAUAAAUGAUCUAUUUGAACAUGAUGACAGAACAGCUUUUGUUUUCACCUCUGAUCAUGGCAUGACUAAUUGGGGAUCACAUGGGGCAGGCCAUCCCUCAGAGACUCUGACACCUUUGGUUGCAUGGGGAGCGGGAGUGAGCACAGCUCAAUAUGUCCACUCACAGGUGUUUCCAGAUAUCUUUCUGACAGAGUGGAAACUAGAAAACUGGAAGCGCACUGAUGUUAAUCAGGCCGAUGUGGCUGCACUGAUGGCAUCUCUCAUUGGAGUUCCAUUUCCUAUGAAUUCUGUGGGAAUUUUGCCUCUGGAAUAUCUAAACAACACUGACCACUUUAAAGCUGAAUGCAUGCUUGCAAAUGCCAUUGAAAUUCUAGAGCAGUAUAAGGUGAAAAUGGCUCAGAAAAAAGCUACAACAUUAAACAUUCUGUUCACACCUUUUAAGCCUCUGACAAAUUCCAGGCAGCUUGAUUUUUUGCGGUCAGCAAGGCUGUACAUUAAGCAGCAGAAGUACGAUGAGGCAAUCACUGUUUGCAGAACAUUGAUUGACUUGGCAUUAGAAGGCCUCUCGUACUAUCACACAUAUGAUCGUUUCUUUCUAGGAGUAAGUGUUGUCCUGGGCUUUGUGGGCUGGACAUCAUACAUCAUUGUGAUGAUUAUUAAAAAUCAUACUUCGUUUUGCAAGCCAGCAUCACAAAUUGAUAAACUGUCAAAGGAUCCCUUCCGAGGCACAUUUAUUGUAGCUGGCGUUUUGAUAACUUGUUUUUUGCUGAUCCAGGCCAGCCCAUGGACCUACUACAUUUACUGUCUGCUUCCUGUACCAGUAUGGUAUGCCGUAAUGAGAGAGUGUAGAAGAACUCAAGGAAUUGUCAGUUUGGUGACAGCUAAUCCUUUUUGCCAGUCUUUUGGACUUCUGCUGCUUUUUGCUUUGGGAAUUGAAAUCAUGGUUCUCAGCUUUUUUUAUCGCUCAGUGCUUACUCUUGGUUUGAUUGCAUUUGCCGGAUGGCCACUGUUCACCAAAUUGUGGACUCAAACUAGGGUAAUGACAGUUUGUUGGAUAGUUUUAUGCUUGCUGCUGGCUGUGUUUCCUUUAAUGCCUGUUGUGGGCAGAAAACAGAACAUCUCUCUUGUGCUGUCAAGUGGUUUGGUGACUUUUCUUAUUGCUUCCUUAUGCCUCAGAUUACUUAGCAAAUCAAAGGACAAAUCAACUGAUAAGAAGUAUUUUGUGGCUUUUACAUAUCAGAUGCUGUGUGUGGCAUUGUCUACAUACAUACUGAACAGUACUCACUCCAGCCUGGAACUGAAGCAAGGCCUGCCUUUAGCUAACCAGCUCAUCAGCUGGGGUAUUCUGGCCUCCUCCUUUGUGGUACCAUUGUUGAGUGAAACUCUGCUCUUCCAACGACUGCUAAGUAUAUUUCUCUCCUUGAUGUCAACUUACCUUCUCGUCAGCACUGGAUAUGAGGCAUUUUUCCCUUUGGUGUUGUCUUGCCUAAUGUUUGUCUGGAUUGUUGUGGAACAGGAGACAUUGAGUCAUCAUGGCAGUUCUCCAGUUCAGAAGCUUGUCACCUUUGACUUCUCUUGUGCAUUGGAUAUCACCCAGCUCCGUCAUCUCCAGCUUGAUGAUAUACGCAGAUCAUUUUUCUUUAUCUUUUUCAUUGUGACAGCAUUCUUUGGAACUGGAAAUAUAGCUUCUAUUAACAGUUUUGACCCAGCAUCAGUGUACUGUUUCCUGACAGUUUUUAACCCCUUUGUUAUGGGAGCACUAAUGAUGUGGAAGAUAUUGAUACCUUUUGUUCUUGUGUCAUGUGCUUUUGAAGCUAUACAGCUUUCAUCUCUGCUAUCUUCUAAAAGCCUGUUCCUGAUUGUGCUUGUAAUAUCUGACAUAAUGGCUCUGCAUUUCUUCUUCUUGGUUAAAGAUUAUGGGAGCUGGCUGGACAUUGGAACAAGCAUUAGUCAUUAUGUCAUUGUGAUGUCCAUGACCAUCUUCUUAAUGCUGCUGAGUGUAUUUGUCCAAGUGUUGACUACUAAGAGAGUCCAUCUGUGGGGAAAACCAAAACAUCAUUGGUUGUGACGAGAAGAAAUAUCUACUUGAUGAGUAGUUUCUCAUUGAAAUGACAGUUACAUGCGUUACUUCAUGUUCCUCAUGGAAAUGACAGUUACAUGCGUUACUUCAUGCUCCUCAUGGAAAUGACAGUUACAUUCGUUACUUCAUGUUCCUCAUGGAAAUGACAGUUACAUGCGUUACUUCAUGUUCCUCACAUUAGCAGGUGGAGAAUUACAGUGUGGGACUUUGAACUUGAAUCUGCCGAUAUCAUUUACUUCCUUUAAAGUGAACUUUAUGAUAUGGAACGGUGCCUCAGCUUUUCAGGGAAGUGGUGUUCUAUAUUGGGUUGGUAUCUUAAUGAAAGUAAUCCAGGUCAUUGCUUACAAUUUUCUGCACUGUAAUAUGUGAUUGUUUGUACUGGACAGCCGGAACGUCAUUUUCUUAAUCAUCCCCGUGAAAUGAAUUGAAGUAAAGUAUUGAAUAAGGAACCUAUAUCACAUAGCAGAAAUACUUUUGUAAAACAUUUUUGAAAUUCAGACUGAGCAAACUACAUGAAUGCUGCAGCAGGUAGUGUCUUGCACCAAGCAGUUGUAUUUGUGUGCCCUAUGUUUAUUCUCCAGUAUAUCCUACAAAGUGAGUUAAUUGGAAAUUGAAAGGUGGAGGGACUUGUCUUUUCAGUUGUGUGUGUUGUUGAUCUUUGGUCAAGGAUAUAAUAAUAAUGACAUGUGGACUCUUUUUUUUACUAUUGAAGUGGUCAUCCUGCUGGCAUCAUCCCUUCAGAACUCACCACAGGCAAAAGCACAGAAGCUGUCUACAUCAGUGUUAAUUUAAUUUUUAAUGUACAGAAGCCAUUCGUGUUUUAUGAUGUAACUUAACACUUAUGUAAUUAGUUUAAGGCAUAUAACACUCAACAAAAGUUAUGUCAGUGUACAUGACUGAAACUGCAGCUAAUUAAUGUAAUUAGGUAGGUUAUUUUGCAGAAAAUAUCAUUACAUGAUCAGAGAUAGGUGGCUGGUAAUUAUACAGUUGCUGUUGUAUUAAAGCAGUAUACACCUGUAUGUGGCUAUAACAGUUCUCUUACUGAAAGGUGUCAUACGGAAGUCAUUCUGUAAAUUAUAGAGUGUUUUUUUUUUAUUAAAGCAUUAUUUGAAGUUGUCUA